GUUGAAUUCACCCCUGAUCAGAUUGAAGAAUUUAAGGAAGCGUUCUCACUCUUUGAUCGGACUCCUAAAUCUGAGAUGAAAAUCACAUAUGCACAAUGUGGAGAUGUCUUGAGAGCUUUGGGGCAGAACCCAACCCAGGCUGAGGUCAUGAAAGUGCUUGGCAGACCCAAACCAGAAGAGAUGAACUCCAAGAUGAUUGACUUUGAGACCUUCCUACCCAUGCUCCAGCAUAUUGCCAAGACAAAAGACACAGGCACCUAUGAGGACUUCGUGGAGGGUCUGCGUGUGUUUGACAAGGAGGGGAAUGGAACAGUGAUGGGGGCUGAACUUCGUCACGUUUUGGCUACGCUGGGCGAGAGAUUGACUGAAGAGGAAGUCGAUAAGCUAAUGGCUGGUCAGGAAGAUGCCAAUGGCUGUAUCAACUACGAGGCUUUUGUGAAACAUAUCAUGGCUAACUGA